AUGGCUCACGAAACUCGCGAAACCAACGAGACUCGCGAGGCAAAGAUUCUCCGUCCGGAACCGGGCGCUUUUCGUCACGAGACUCGCGAGACGAACGAGGCCAGCGAGACUCCCAAGACGCACAAGAGUCACGAGGUUUUCUGGGCGAGUCGGCAGGCGCGUUGGCAGGUGGCAGAAGCGGCGGAUAUGGGGCGACACGGGAGGGAGGGAGGUGAAUCAGGGGAAGGAGGAGAGAGGGAUGAUGGCUUCGGCGGAGAGAGGGGGGAACGUCUGGAGCAGAUCGGCCGAGGGAUACCGGGAGGAAGCUUCGUUGUGGGUUCGCCUCCCAAGCGGUUACGGAACAGCGGGUUGGGAGGGGAGAGGGUUGAGGAGUGGGCAGGAAGGAGCACGCAAGAUCGUGAGUACCAGCUCCGUAAUUCAGGUCUGAACGAGGGCUUUAACGUGCGGGGUGGGUUCGGGAAGGAGCACGGAGACUUGCCAGACGUUGUGGCUAAACAGGAGACACAUGAGGAACCUUUUGAAACGCGUCAGAAGUCGGAUAGCAGGAGCGGGAAUGGGACGGGGAGAGAGGGGGACAGCGGUAAAGGGAAGGAGGAGGCGAUAGAGUGCGAGGUGAGGCAGAUUUAUGAGGGCCUAUGCUUGGAUCUCGCUGCUACUGCUGACGAGGAGGCCUGCAGCGCUGACAGGAGCGCUGACGUGGCAGGCCGGCGUGGAGGACGUGCUGACGUGGCAAGGCAUGGUCUAGCUGGCAACGAUGAGGCACUUUGCAUAGGAGACGUUGCUGAUCUGGACUUCAACAGGGGGGAAGGGGCCAAGGUGAGUGAGGGGCAUAGCGAGGUUCAGGGCGGUAUGAGUGCGGUGGAGCUGGAUUCAGUGCGGUUGCUGGCCUCCCUCCCGUCUCUGAACUCUAGCGACCUCGCUGCUGCACUGCCUGCCCUCGGCCAUGUCAACCCUCUGCUCAACACAGAGGGUGUUGUUGAGUCGACUCGUAAGCCACCUCUUCCGGCCCAUGUCAACCCACUGCGGGACACAGAGGGUGUUGUUGCGUCAACUCAGGAGCCACCUGCUCCAGCCUAUGUUGGUCCACCGCAUGGCACACAAGGCCUUGCAGAAGCCGCCUCUAAGCUGCCGGCUCACACAUGGGGUUGCUUUUCCAUGGGGUUACUUCAUCAGCAGCAGAUGCAGUGCCAGCCAUCUGACCCAGCUGUAGCGGCAUCUGAUUCGCCAGCAGAAGCACCUGAUCCGGCUGUAGCAGCUUUUGAUGCAGCUGUAGCAGCUUCUGAUCCGGCUGUAGCAGCUUCUGAUCCGGCUGUAGCAGCUUCUGAUCCGGAUGUAGCAGCAACACAGGCAACUGAAGAGGUUGCAACCGUUGCAACCGAACCGGCUGUAGCAGCACUCGACCUCAAUUUACCACCUCUGGAUCCGGCUGUAGCAGCACCCGAGCACAAUACAGCACCUUUGGAUCCGGCUGUAGCGGCACCAGAACCCGACACAGCACCUUUGGAUCCGGCUGUAGCACCACCCGAGCCCGAUACAGCAUCCCCGGACCCAGCUGUAGCAGCACCAGAGCCCGAUGCAGCACCUCUGGAUCCGGCUGUAGCGGCGCUUUCAGACAUCCAGCUGCCGCCCGGGUUCACAGAGGGCGACGCAGCAACGGAACACUUCCCACCAUCCUGUGACCCUCCUGUCGAUACCCGAAACCCCCUCUUGGAAACCCAGAACCCCUUCGCUGUGUCUUCUGAAUUGGCUCAAAAGCCGCCGCUGUCUGACCCACCGGUUGACACGCGAGAUCCCUUUGUAGAAACCCAGAACCCUUUUGCUGGUACCCUGAGCCCUCUUGUUGAUGCUGUUGAAAACGUGCUGGGCGGCCACAGAGGGGAGGUUGCAGUGCAGGUUGGAGGAGAAGGGAGGGGUGGAGGAGGUGGGGGAGGAGGAGGAGGAGGCGGAGGAGCAAGGGGAGGAGAACACGGAGAAGAGCAAGACCCUGCAGCAGGUGACACAGACACAGGAGGAGGAGGUCCACUGAGCGAUACUAGCAAAGGAGAGAAGCCUGACCAAUCGGAGGCAGGGGACGAUCUGUCGCACGGGUCUCAGCCCGGGGUGAAGCAUGGGUUGAGUGCGGUGGCAGGGGGUGCAGGGGCGCAUGCCAUGCUGCCGCCUGCAGGCAUGCUGGCGCCGCCCUACAAGCACAUGCGCCAGCCUGGCAUGGCUGUGACUCUAGCGGAUGUGCUUGAUGCGAGGGAGCCGUCAGAGCAGGCGGGUGUGACUGUAGACGAGCAGGGACUGGGGUCUUUGGGAUUCGCCACUUCGCCUCUCGAGGGGCUGGGCCGAGGCGAGAGGCUGGGCUUUCAGCAGCAGCUGGGCUUUGAACAGGAGCUGGGCUUUAAGGAGGAGGUGGUGGCCUUUAAGCAGCAGCUGGGCCUUGGGCAGGGACUGGGCUGUAAGCAGGGGCAAGCUAGCAUGCAUGGGGAAGCAGCAGGGAGAGCAGCAGGAGGACGGGAUGACACGUCAGCAGGUGUACAGGCUGCCAGCUCAGCAGUCACACCUUCUGCUAGUGCCCCCUCGACUGCUGAAGGGCAUGUUGAGCUGCGCACAGGGCCUGCAGGGUGUGAUAAUAACGAGAUGCUGCUCAAGGCUGGAGGGGAGGGGACCAAGGAGGUGGUUGUAAGGCACGGCGGUGGUCACUCAAACGAGGGAUUCUCAGUGGAAGUGAGUGCAGGGAAAGUCAAAGUGGGGAUCAAGAGUGGAGAGGAUGUGACUAGUGUGGUGGGGAAGGGAGUGGGGGAAGCCACAACUGCAAGGGUGGAAAAGGGUGGAUAG